UGCCACAAUUUAUUGAUGUCUGCUCUGUACUAAAGAUUUCAGACAAAGAAAUCAUGCCUCUACGUAAUCUUUAAAGUUCAAACAAAGAUCUGUUCCUUUGACGUUGUUGAUUUUGUCUGUUCAAGCUUGUUAAUGUUAACAGUAUGACAAACUGUUGUCGUCAAGAGGCUGUAUUAGCAAUUGGCAUAUAUCUUUUUUAGUCCCUACUGACGUUUUUUAUGAGGCAGAACAAAAAACUGCUCACUUCUUUAUCUAAAAGGAAGACACUAGAGAAAUGUGAUUCUUGAAUUGAAAACAAGUGAUUUGAGGGAGUGGCUGCCAUUGGUCAUUUCCAUGGCUUCAAACAUUAUUUGGUGCAAUUAUUAGCAAUGGGCAUAGCAUAUGCACAGUCCAAUGAUGGAGAUGAGGGCUUUGAUGAUGAUUUUGACAAAAUGGUUGACAGUUCGGAUGACGAGAAAGACAAAUUGUAGGAGACAGCAGCAGGAGUGUUUUCACAUCAAAUCAUUGCUACUCAUCCUUUUGAAGUCGUCUUUUCCGUUCUUGGUGGCAGAGUUCAGUGGGCUAAAUGAUGAUCCAACAAAAAACCCAUUUGAAGUCCUCUUCUAUCACUCCACUGAGCAGCUUGUGCACCUGAACCUGUGCAGGAGAAACCGAAGCUUAUAUGUUCAUUAUUUUUUUCCCUUCUCACACUUGCCACUGAGGGAGGUUCCCAUGUACACAAAUCCUGUAUUAUACUUGGACCUUUGGUUCAUUUUGUACAGCACUCAGCACCUUAGCUUGGCCCUCUUGGUGUAGGAUUAAUAUUUGUUUAAAUUAUAGAUUGAGAUCUUAAACGCUCAAGGUUCAAUAUGUUUGGUUCUU